AUGAGAGGCCAAGGAUAUGAUAGAGCUCCUUCGAUGAGUGGUUACGUCAAAGAAGUGCAGUCAAGAAUUAGAGAGCUUUAUAGCACAGCUCUAUACGUUCACUUUAGUUCACAUUGCUUAUUGAUGAUAUAUGAGGCAUGCGAAAUUCCAUCCGGAACAGUUUACCAAAUGUUACAAAAUAUUGAUUUGGAUUUAAGGGAGGUUAUGAAUAGGGCAAAGGAUAAUGUUGAAAUAUUAACAAAUAUCAGAGAUAAUGUGAAUGAAAAUUUCAUGAAAUAUCGAGAAAAGACCAUAGGAGUUCGCAGUCUAGAAGUGCGGGGAGGAUGUUUUAAUAAUUUCCCCAAUGCCACUCCGAUAUGUUAUUCGAACGAAGAACCAGCAGAAGUUUGCAUGGAACGUUACAUCUCUCGUUACAAGUUUUAUCUGGCGUUCGAGAACAGUAAUUGUGUGCAUUAUAUAACGGAAAAAUUUUUUCGUGCACUCUCCAUAGGGUCGGUGCCCGUAGUAUUUGGAGCUCGAUACUCUGAUUAUGUCAAGAUAGCGCCGCCACUUUCUUUUAUCUUCGUGGCUUCGCCCCUGGCAAGGAAAGCCGCCAGAGUCAAGGGGAAACAAUCUCAAAAUUUAUCCAUUCCAAAUAUUAAUCCUGAGAUACCAAAGAAUCAUCCAUAUUUCCAUUCCAACAAUAUAAUAGAACUAACUAAAUACCUUUUAAAAUUAGAUUCCAAUGACACACUUUACAAUGAGUAUCACGCUUGGAGAGAAGAAUACAUUAUAGUAGGUAAAAAGAACAAACAUCUAUGCUCAAUUUGUAAACAUUUACAUCUCAAGGACAUCCCUAACAAAUCAUACAAAAUAUCAGAUUGGUGGAAUAAAGAUAGGGAUUGUAAAAAUUAA